AUGUCGGUGGCGUCGGUGUUCAUAAACAAGGCGCUGUUCCACGUGUACCGCUUCAAGUUCCCCUACACGCUCGUCUUCUUCCAGACGCUCUUCACGCUCGCGCUGCUCGCCGCCAUGCGCCUGCUGCGCCUCAUCCGCGUCACGCCCUUCCACCUGCACGUGCUCCGACGCGUAUCGCUGCUGUCGUUUGCCUUCCUGCUGAAGCUCCUCCUGGACAUGGCGGCCCUCUCCCGAGUGAACAUCCCCAUGUACGGCGUGCUCAAGUCCGCCACCACGCCCUUCGUGCUGUUUCUUGACUUCCUCCUGCGAGCCAAGCGCGCCUCGCCACGCAUCCAGCUGGCCGUCUACACCACCGCGCUGGGGGGCGUCGUGGCGGGCACGGGUGACCUCACGUUCGACCCGGCGGGGUACGUGCUGGCGCUGUCAUCCGCGUUGGCGACGGCAGCAUACGUGGUGAUAGUGGGGAAGCUGGGAGAGGAGCUGCAGCUGGACUCGUUCACGCUGCUGCUUUACAACAACUGCUGGUCGCUGCCCUUCGCCUUCCUGCUGGUUGCUGCCAACAGCGAGCUGCCUGCUGUGCAGCGAGUGCUGCAGUCACGCGAUGCCGUGUUCCUUGUGUGCUUCAUGCUGUCCUGCACCUCAGCUUUCAUACUCAAUCUCGCCACCUACCUCUGCACGCUCGUUAAUGACAGCCUCACUACCAGCAUUGUUGGUGGGUCCUCCUCCGAUUACCUUCUCCCCCACACCGCCAAGUUAUCUCUUCCCCAGCCUAACCAAUCCUCUCUGCUAUUUGACGGCUGUCCGUUGUUGUGCAGAGCUCUUCCCGCUCGUUUGCUCUCCUGGUUCCAUUCGUCCAUCUCUGUGUCCCCCCCCCUCUUCCCCACAGGCCGCACCAAGUCCAUUUUGCAGGGCUUCGGAGGGCUCUUUGCAUUCGGGGAUGUGCUGGUCAGUUGCCCUCACUCUCCCCAGUACUCUCCGUUUCUACUGAACAGCUGCUGCUCUGUCUGCCUAGAACAGUUAAUAACCUGCUUUCAUUGUGCUGCUACUUGA